UUCUCUGUAUACGCCCUUGGGUGAACUUAGUCGAUCCCGCAUAGUCCGCCACGGCUACUGUACUCAGUAUACUGCCUCUUCAGGGUGGUCUGGGUCCACAAGACUAUGGCUACUGGUGGUGGACACGGUGUCGACAGUGGAGAGGCAUCGCCACUAGAUGAUAUAUGUGAUGACCUUUCACCACUGCAUAAACAACUCUAUCCUGCUCGUACUAAAUGGUUCAAUAUUGGAUUGAACCUGAACAUUGAUGGUAACGACUUGAGUGCGAUCCACGAAAUAAACAGCCAAAAUCUUGACACCUGUCUCCGUGAAAUGCUGAUUAAACGUCUGCACUCUGGUGGCCCCCUCUCAUGGAGGGAUGUGUGUGACUGUCUCCGAUCUCCAACCGUGGACCGUAAGGAUGUGGCGGAGAAGAUUGAGGAGUGGAGAAUUGGAAUGAUGAGCAAAAAGCAGUCUAAAUUUCCGUCUCCUUUAUCAGAAACUGGCCUAAUUGGCUCAGAUUACUCAAGCCUGGAUGACCAAGUUAAACACCUGGAGGAGAUCUUUAAUUUGCUAACUAACGAAGGGUAUCAACGAAUUAAGAAAUCUGGCAUUAGUGUAGACAAUUUCUAUGCUAUUGUAACGAGCAUGAGUGUAUCGUUAAAGCACAUUACAGGAAAUUAUGUUGAAGAAUGCUUCGAGAAAGCGAACAUGCUCGCAGAGAUAUGGGGCAAGUUAAAUCAAUUCUGGGAUUUCUUGAACUAUGAGCUCUUCCAACACGUGGUUCGAGUUAUGUUCACUGAAGCAGACAAUCCUUUGCUGAGGAAGCUAGCCGAGUAUGAGAGUGAAAGGAAAACAUUUCUUAUUAAAACUAAACUUUGCGAUUUUGUUGACUAUUGGCCGUAUUUAAUUGCAAAGCCAUCAAUGGUUAAGUUGAAACGAAUAGUCGUUAAAAAAGUAUGCAAAAAAUGGGAAGACUGUACUUUGUAUGAUGUGAAGACAACUAGCAAACUUUUUUCGAAAGGAUUUUCCCUAUCUCAGGAAUUUAUUCUUGUGGCAGGUGGUGUCAAAAGCAUCAUCUUGUACGUCCCUCCUUCUCUGGCGUGCUCAAUAGAGGAACAGUUGAAGCAAGGAAAAGAACUUGAAUUCUUAGCAAAUAAUGGCUUUCUAUCCAUCACCAUUGAUGAUAUCCAGGUCUACACGGCUCUACAAGGGCCCAGCUUUAUCUGUCCAUAUUGUCAGAAAUGCACGCUUGAGCAGUACUUGUCAAAAAAUUCCUUCCACAAAGCAACUGGUGAAACCCUCUUUCCAUACCUCAACACACCAGCACUCUCUAAAGAAGAUCGAUCAGUACUAGAGGCCACUCUCAGAAAGGAUACUCAGAAUAUGAUCGAGCUCUUUGCUAGAGCCGACACUGCUAUUGCAAAAAAUCUCAAGGAAGAUGUAGCGAAGGAAGAUGUAGCGGUGGUCAAAAAUUUUGUUUUGGAUAUGAUUUCAUCUUCGGAUGAGAAGGAAUACAUCGCAAAACUGGAAAUAGCUGAUACAAUUCCUUCUAUUUUUGUUGCCCUUAGGCCGUACAAGUCUUUCUUGAACUACAAAAUUGUCAAUAGUAUUGUAUUGGAAUUCGGCUCCAAAAAGGACAAAAUGAUCAUGAAGGAUUAUGUAAUUGCAUUCGACAACUAUUGUAAAAGAAGUGCCUUUGAGAUUCCCCGCAACACCUUUCCCAGCUUACCUGAAUCAAGGAACGGUACAAACAUUUUGACAGUGAAACUAACUUCAAGUGGAUACUCUUCCCUUCGUGAUGUUAUCUCAGCCAAAGAUACCAUUGCUUCUAUCUUUAACGUGAAUGAAUGGACAUUUCGCUUAUGCAGUAUCGAGGAUGGAUGCUUGUGUCUAAGGUUCCUUUUUUCUGCAAAGGCUUUUGCUCAGUUAUUUCCACCCACGGUUUCACAACUAGCUUCUCUCUGUGAGGCAGGAAUCAGUAUUUUUCAAGAUGCACCUACAACUGUUGAGAGAACUGAGAUAAAACCCUCAACUGUUCCUGAAGAUUUGCACAGCCAAAAAGUCAGAGAUAUAUCUUCUGAAAAGGAUGACUCUGAAUCAGUGAUAGGUGACAGUGUUCCGACCAUUCAAGGUUUAGUGCUGAUGUAUGGAGAUCCUCUAGCCUCAGGCCAGCGCAGAAGAUCAUUACCAUCAGAUGAAGAAGUUGAAACUCUGUCAAAGCGUCCAAAGAAUGAUGUCACUGUACAAGGUUCUGUGUCUAGUCUCGAUAGCAGUGGGAUGGGUGAGAUCAGCAGUACAUGUAGUGAAGCAGACAAUGAGACAAUUGAUGGAGAAGAGGCAGAUAUUGAUACCACGGACAUUGAAUACACUUUUACAGAUCCUGGAUCUGAAGUGGAAGUAACCUACAAUCAAAUUCUCAACACUUUUUGUGAAACUAAACUUGAACUACAAAAGGAAAUGGACCUAGACGUGUCUCCAUGCUCGCUCUGGAAAGCUCUUCACAAUGGACAGCAAUGUAUGGCAUUAGUAUACAAUGGUGAAGGUGAUAAAUUGAAAUUCACCAAAUACAUCGAGGAUGUGCAAACGAAUAAGCCCAAUGUAAUGCCAGCAAAAUGCAUUCAUUUUGAUACUAAACUCUAUUCACACCCUGUUGUCCUGUUUGAAGUUCAGCAACCAUUAAAAGAGUAUUGCUUUUUAUCUGAGGCCUUAUCUGAAAUACAACAGCUUUCAUUGUUAUUGAAUGCUGCUAUUAGUGUUCUUGGGUUCUCACCAAAUAUUACCCUUCAAUUGACUACAGAAUCUCUGUUUGUACACAAAUAUAGUACUAAUGACACAAAAGCUAUGUUUUUACCUAUAUAUGAGCAAUCUUACUUCCAUAAAGUGGAACUCAACACCCAACCAGAGUUACCCAGCUUGAAUUGGCUCAACGAUAGUCUUCUUUUGAUGGUUCAUCGUAAACAGUGCAACAGCGAUUCUAAACUACCUGACAACCACAUUCUUUUCAACGUUUUUAAGCACAGGUGGUUCCCAGACAAUAAACGAGGCUCUUCAAGUACAGCAGAUGUUGCCAAAGAACUAGAACACAUACUAGAGUUGGAGAAAACCAGCCUGGAAAUGAAAGCUACUUUUGAACUAGCAGAUUCUGAAUAUUUGGAGGUACCACAUUUGCACAUGCUUCUCAUUGGCCACACGGGAGUUGGAAAGACGUCCAUCAGAAAGCAUCUUCAGAACAUUCCCUUUAAUGAUAAGGAGAAAAGCACAAUCAUAAUGGAGCCGGAGCUGCUUUACCAAGAAACAUUUGAAAGUACAAUAGACUCCAAGAAAAGCGCCGUGGUAUUUAAGAAGUACGACAGUGUUUAUAAGAGCGACCCAGAUAAUAUUUAUCUCACUCUCUGGGACACAGGAGGGCAACCAAUGUUUCAAGAUCUUCUUCCUUGCUUCGCCAAAGUUAGAUCCAUUUAUGGUAUUGUUGUUCGACUUUGUGAUUUGUUGGAAAAUUCUAACGCUUCCAUUAGACCUACCUGCCCACUUGAAAUAGAGAGAGAGUCUCCUUACACAUAUACUGAUUACCUGUAUCGAAGUCUUUCCUUCUUAGACUCUAAUUCACUGGAUGUGCAUCUCAGCAACCUUCCAGAUAUAUUAAAGAAGAGAGUAUUCGAAUUAGCUAGUGCAACGGUUUUUCCUAAAAUAGCCUUUAUCGGUACUUUCAAAGAUCAGAUUAAAGUAGAUGACAAGCAAGACUUGGAUCAAAUGCUCCUUCAGUUAAAACUCAAUCUGAACUCUCAAGGAACGAACUUUCAUGAAAAGGUAAUCUUGCCUUCAACUUCUACACCCAACUCUUUUAUGUUUGAGAUAGACAACACACAAUCAGGAGCAAAGUAUGAUGAUCCUGGAAUGAAAACUUUGCGAGAGCAAAUAGUUUUCUGCACAAAGAGUGCCAAAGCAAAAAUACCUAGCAAAUGGAUUGCUUUCAAGAUUGAUCUAGAACGAGAAUCAUGUUUACAACAGCCUUGCACAGGAAUUGUGACAUUUGAAAAAGCUAGUGAAAUAGCUAAAAAGUGUAAAACAGACCUUAGAGCAGCUCUUUGCUAUUUUCAUGAACUUGGUAUCUUCAUAUGGUAUCACAACAAGAAAAUGCUCCAAGAAUAUGUUUUUGUUGAGCCUAAGAACCUACUUUCCAUUCUUGGAACUAUUCUUGAUCCCCAAGUGUAUAAGGAUCAUCCUAAGCAAUGGAAGAGUCUUCAAACACAGGGUAUUCUGAAUGUCCAAGUUGGUAAAAAGCUUCUAGAGGAUAGUAAGACUGGUCUCCCGCUAUCAUGGAUUCUAAACUUCUUUGAUGAACACCAUUUAGCAAUGCAUAUGCCUUUACUGGAAAGCUACUUUAUUCCGUCUAUGCUCCAAGUGCUUCCCAUUUGUCCUAAUCAUCAGCAUGUAUUUCAUACGAGAAUUUCAGCCUGUUCUGUAUUACCAGCCGAUUUACAAGUGGCACCACUGUUUUUGGUUCCAAUCUCUAAGUUUAUACCACCAGGUUUUUUUCCAAGACUAAUGACCGUACUUUCUGGAAUCAAAAAAGGCAGAAUAAUAUGGAAACUGUCACCCGAUUUUAUAAAUUGUAAGAACAUGGUGUCGUUUGAAAUUAAUAACCAGUUUCGGCUUGUGUUCACUGAGUUUAUUGAUUGUGUUCGAGCUCACUUUGAUGGACUUACUGAUGACAAUAUUCCCCAUAUUGACCUAUGUCUUCAAAUUGUAUCCACUCUUAAUGUGCAGCUGCAAAGAGUUAUCAAUACGAAAUCGAUGCGCUUAACAUUUGUAUGUUCUUGCUCCGAACAUUUAUCUAGCAUCCACUUUCUCAAUUAUUUGCCAUUUGCAACUGAUAACCAUGUAACAUGUGGUGAACAUACUGGCAAACAAAUGGAGCUCACUGCUGCCCACAAAAUAUGGUUGAGUGAUGAACAUCAUCCAAAGAUAGCUACUCUAAAAGAUGCUGAGGCUAGAUUUGAGGCUGCGAUGAAAGGAAAGAAGUUUGGUCUGCGAUUCACAACAAUUCUUUUUACUGGACUGCCAGGAUCAGAUGUCCAUACCUGCAAGCGUUUGAUUAUGGAUAAGAACUUUACUCCUUUUGAAUCACCACACUCAUUGGAUCCCAGCUUUGAAUUUAGUUACUAUACCGUCAGUGAUGAAAAGAUUAAACCUUUACACGAUGAUGAUUCGGAUAUGGUGUUUGCUUGUAAUGCAGCUGUACAGACUCCAAAGGGAGCUAAAAAUGACAAGUCAGAUGAACAUUCCAUCCAACAACCCAAUAUAGUGCUUGGCCAAACCGAGCCAGAUGAACAUUUUCUACAGCAAAGACCCAAAGAGACAUCAAGUGAAAACUCUGCAAGUGAUCGAAAUAAGCAAGAAAGGUCUGCUCAAUCUGUUGGUAAAGAAGUUGAAGUACCAAGAUCGAUACCUGCUGGAAACUCCCCACAGCAUCUCACUUCUAAUCAGAUUCUAAUCUAUGAGCCAAUACCUAAAGAGAGUCUAUUAAAAUGUGUCUCUCCUGAGAAUAUUUUACAACUAAUGGUAAAUCGCGAUCGAUCGCUUACAAAAGAUUUUGAUAAUUUGAACAUUAUUAAUUGCGUAUGCUGCUCUGAUGUUUGGUUGUUGAAUGUACUACCAAUUUUCCUUAAAGGCAUCGCCAUAGGCAUAAACUGUAUGAGUUUGAGCCAAGAUCUCGAAGGAAAAAUAAUCCUUCAGAAAAUUUUAGUUCCCGAAACUGAAAUUGAAGCAGAUGUAUCUUUUACUAAUAAGCAACUAAUAAAAGACAUCAGUAUGCUAGCAACAAAACUGAUGGUCGUUGAAACACAUGCAGAAGUUGAGUCGAUUGAGAAAAAUAGUGAAAUUCUCUUUAGGGAUAAUGAGCAAGCCAAAUUAAUUGCUGAUAAAAAUGGAAAACAAGAAGUAUUUGAAGUAGGCAAAUCAUUGAGGGAGAUAGAAAACAUCGAACGACAGCUAGUAUCAUCAUUGGAUUUGAGUGAACUGAAGCAAGUCUCUUUAUUCUGGCACAUGCUUGGUCACGCUAUCAAGAAAGUUAUGCAACAAUACAAUCGGAACUUUAUUAGCAAGCAAGAAGUAUUGACUAUUGCUGCUGAAUUCAGAAUGUCAGAAACUGAUCUUGAAAUUGCCUUACUUAGCCUGCACAUAACUGGUGUGAUUCUUUACUUUGGCAAUGUUCUUCCAAAUGUGAUAUUUAAGGAUUCGACCGUAUUGAUCCAAUUGAUUGCAAAGAUAAACCUUUUUGACCUACAACAUAAUCGAGGAGCUAUUAUUCCCUUCUCUGCAUUUGAAGUUUGUGAAGUAAUGUAUGCUGAAGGAUUGUUCACAUGUAAAGAAGCAAUAUCCCUCUUUAAAGAUUUACAUCUGUUAAUUGAAAUGAAAAAUUCGUUAUUCUUGAUGCCAUGCUUACUGAGGGAAGAAGUCAGUGUUGAAACUUUCAGCUUUGUUUCCGGUUUGAAAGAUACCAAAGUUGCUCCACUUGUGAUCCAGUGUUUAUUAGCCCAUGGUUGUUUUGAAUACAUCAUGUGCUACUUGUGCUCACAGUACAAUGGUCACCCAUGGCCAUGGAAAAUUGAUGUUCGUCGAGAUCUAUUCAAAAGUUUUGUGCAAUUCAUUCUACCCGGAGUCAAUGCUCUCAUAAAUGUGUAUAGAAAGGAAGAUGCUGAACUAACUGUUUAUAUCAAUUCAAAUUCGAUGCAAGAUUAUGAGUUUCUACCAUUUAUCAGAACAGCAAUUGUUACUGGUUUAAACAAAGCCGCAGAAGCGUUUCACAUUACUGGUCAAGCUCUUCCUGUUGUGGGGUUUCACUGCACAUGUGGUCAGGUUGACAACACACACAUGAUCGUUCCUAGCACAGAGGGUCACUGGAGAUGUUCUGCUACAAAUGAAAAGCUUGCACUUUUUUCUACUCAAGACAUCUGGUUUACCAAGAUACAUGAUAGUGCUGACGCAGUUACCGUUCACAACGUGUUUGCUGAACUCAUUCCAUGGUCUAGUUCGUGGUACAAAGUGGGAAUGCUCUUCAACUUGGAGAGUGAUGCGCUGGAAACCAUAACAGUACAGUGCCGCCAAGACACGGAUGCCGCACUAAUGGAGGUGAUCAGAAAAUGGUUCCACAUUCAUCACAACCCAAGCUGGGAGGAGGUUCAACAAGUCAUUUCGAAUCUGAAACAAUCAGAUGACUCCCUGAUUGAUGACUCCCUGAUUGAUGACUCCCUGAUUGAACGGUAUUCCAUGACUGAAGAUGUCUUUAAAGAGUGUCUCCCUAACCUCACACUCUUUGUUAGCAUAUCCACACUCUUUCCAUACUUGCUCAAAUAUCGUCUGGUACAUCGGGCUGACGUCGAUUCUGUACAAUCGCCGAAUCUUGAUAAUUCAACUAAAAUAUCUAAUCUUCUCAAUCUAACAAAAAGAAAUGGAGGUAAAAAUGGUUUUGCCCUACUCUACGAUUGCUUGUUUAAGACCAGUGAGGAGCAUCGAGGACAUGAUAAAAUUGUUCAAGAACUUGAGAGAUAUGCACUUUCCUCCUCAACCAUGAAUCCCAUUGCAAUAGACCCAUCAAUCUUGGAGCCCCCUGAUGCUGACUAUGCUGUAGAGUCAGUGGAUGCCCUCAUCAGUGAAGUCUCUGACCACAUUGGACGAGACUGGAUGGUCCUAGCCAGAAGUCUUGGUUUUACGGAAAUUGAUAUUCAAUCAAUUGAAUAUGCCAAUGAACGAGACCUCAAAGAGCAGAUUUAUCGGUUUUUCAACGAGUGGAAGAGAAGAGAUGGGCAAGAUGCUACUCGAGAUAAACUUGUUACUGUCUUGUAUGAGAGUGGAUUAAAUGAAGUCGUCCUGAAGACAACAGAUGCUCAAACAAGUAGGCAACAACAUUCUGUGGCUGACUAUCUCACCAUAGAAGAUCUUAAGAAAGUGUACCUAGUCACGUUUGAUGCUCGAGUUAAGUGGCGAAACAUUUUGCUUGUUCUUGACGUAUCCCCGGCUACUAUCAACAAUGUAGGUACGAAAUGGCGUGACAAUCCUGAUGACUGCUAUCGUGAGGGACUGUCAGAAUGGCUAACGGGUGGGGAGAGAAGCUGGGAAGAUGUGAUGGGGGCAUUGUCUAGUCCUAUUGUGGGCUUCAACUACAUAGCCAGGACCAUCGAGAAAGAUCAUCUACAGUCUACUGAUAUGAAGUCAGAGGUUGACCAAAAUCACCAGAAGAUCAAUGAUGAUUUGACCAUUUUCCUGGACGAGCCACUCGGUAGUGGUGCAUUUGGAGCAGUCUUCAAAGGCAGCUACAGAGGCGAUCCUUGUGCUAUCAAACUAUUACAUCAGGUUGCUAUGGAGAUGCAGACAAAUAUUUCCGCCACCAAAAGUGAAGAUGCUAGCGAUGCAAUAGAUCGUGAGAGUGAUUUUCUCAAGUCGUUCCAGCACCCAAACGUUGUUCAGUUUUUGUCGAUUACUAAGCACCCCAAAUCAGGUGGUACAAUCCUCGUUGUUGAGCUGAUGGAUUGCAAUCUGAGAUCCUAUUUCUCUGGCCUUGAUGAAGAGUCCCUCACUAGCGAAUGUGAAAUUAGCCUCUCCAAAGACAUGGCUUGUGGUCUGGCCUACAUUCACAGCAAGCUGAUUAUCCACCGUGACCUCUGUGGCGAUAACGUCUUGCUGAAGCUGACACUGCCAGUGCCUGUUGCAAAGAUUUCUGACUUUGGUAUGUCGCGACUAUACGAUCCCUCCAAGCUCAGCUCCACCCUCACAGCCAUUGGUCAGCGUAGAGGGUAUCUACCUCCCGAGGCAUAUCGAUUGGAAGAGGAGAAUUACGAUAAUAGCCUGGAUGUGUUUUCUUUUGGGGUGAUUUUGACGCAGAUUGUUUGCAAGUUAGAGACGAUCAAAUCAGCCAAGGAUCGAUCAUUCCAUGUUGCCCAGAUCCCUCACACACACAGGUUGAGGAUGCUUAUCGACAGCUGUUUGCAAGAAGACAUGACGAGGAGACCAUCUGCCAGGGACAUCUAUGUUUCACUGACAAGAGACUCGGACUCAGUGGAGGCAACAAAGAGGGACACUCUACCAGUCGAGAAGGCACACAGGGAACAGAUGGAGCACAAAGAUGCUGAGCUGGUCAAGAGAGACGCCAUCAUUCAACAGAGACAGGAACAGAGACAGGAUCCCCCUCCAAGAGAGUUGAGACCUCCACUCACUCUGAAAUGGAGAAGAGGAAAAGACAUGCCGAUCAAGAUGGGCUACACAGUGCAGAGUGUUGUUAUCGGUGACACGGCGUAUGUUGGUGGAGGCAGUGCAGGCGAUGAUUGUAACGUGUGUACAGUGAUGAAGCUCGAGCAAGAUCAAUGGACCAAACUACCAGAGUACACUGCCAAGUGGUUUGGUAUGACAUCACUCGCUAAUCGACUAGUGCUAGUGGGAGGACGUGAUCCAAGAAACAACACACCCAGCAAUCAACUUUCAGUGCUCGAGUCAGGGGAAUGGACUCACCCGUACCCACCAAUGAACAUUGCUCGUCAAUCCUCAACAGCUGUCUCCUUCAACAACCACAUAAUUGUAGCUGGUGGGCGUGAUGGUGAUGGUCGUAUCUCCUCUGUGGAGGUGUUGGACGUGGCAUCAAGAAGAUGGUACAUUGCUCAGUCACUACCUAACUCACGAUCAGAACUGAAAUCAACUCUCAUAGGAAACACCCUCUACCUAAUGGGAGGGUACGAUCACACUGGGCCAACCAAGACAGUGCACCACGUCGACCUCAAUGAACUCAUCAUUACAAAGGCCCUUUCCAACCUGGACACACCCACUCUCUGGCAGACCUUACAAGAAGUACCACUCGGGUUGUCAGCUCCUCUCAGUAUUGGGAGGUCACUAUUAGCCGUUGGUGGAGCGAAUGACAGAGUCAACCCAAGUUCAUCGAUCCACCUCUACCAGCCUGACACCAGGAGGUGGUUGAAAGUAGGAGACCUGCCUACUGUACGAUACUGCUGCACAUGCUCAGUACUUCCUAGUGGAGAGGUUAUUGUAGCCGGAGGACAGAUAGUAAAUAAGAUUAAAAUCCAAACUGUGGAUUUCUUCUCUAUAAGUUCUUAGUUUUUUUCAUGUCCUUCGUGUUAUAAUUAUAAAUUAAUGAUACUUUUCUAGCAUAAUAAUUAAAGUUGCAACUGAAUUUC